GCUUACUGAUCGUGAGUGCUUGAAAAUGGCGGAGAAUCGCAAACGUGAACGCAGUAGCAAACGAUCAUCGUCAGAAUCCUCAACAAGUAGCGAAGAAAGUAGCAGCGAUACAUCUGUCGAUGCUCCAUCAGCCAAAAGGGAAAAACUCAAGGAGCAUUCAGCUUCAGAAAAAUGUGAGGAAGAAGAAUUGAUCGGGCCUUCUCUAUCAGAAGCCGUCAAACCUCGGAAAAAGAAAGUGCUCGAGUUUGAACAGGUGUACCUUGACAGUUUGCCAUGUGCACAGUAUUAUGAGACCAGCUAUAUGCAUCGGGAAAUUGUCACACAUCUUGCUGUUGCCAAAAAUGGAUUUCUGGUAACAGCCAGCUGUGAUGGUCAUGUGAAAUUCUGGAAAAAAGCAGAAGAGAAAGGCAUAGACUUUGUGAAGCACUUCCGCAGUCAUCUGGGUGCAGUGAAUGACCUUGCGAUGAGUGCAAAUGGAGAACUGUGCUGUACAGUGUCAGACGACAAGACAGCAAAGGUGUUUGAUGUCAUCAACUUUGAUAUGAUCAACAUGCUGAGACUUGGCUACACGCCGUCACGCUGUGGAUGGACCUACGCCUCAGGUGACCCAGUCUCUGCCCUUGCUGUUACUGAGAAAGGAACCAGCAUCAUCCGAAUCUACGAUGGAAGAGGUGCUGGUGAUGUUCUCAAGACUCUAGAUAAACUUCACUUCAGUCCUGUGACGCUCAUACGGUACAACCCAGUAGCAGCAGUGGCAGUCAGUGUGGAUGAAGGUCGAAUGGUUGAGUACUGGGCAGGGCCGCGAGGUGAUUACCAGUUUCCUCGUAACCUGAGCUGGGAAUCCAAGAUAGACACGGACCUGUAUGAAUUUCUCAAGUGCAAUGCCAGUCCAACUGAUGUCACCUUCUCCCCAGAUGGAAAACUUAUGGCCACUAUGGCAACAGACAGAAAGGUGCGGAUAUUCAGGUUUGGGACUGCCAAGCUUUGGAAAGUUUUGGAUGAGUCUCUGCAAAGAUUUACCGAGCUGCAGCAAAUGAAACAGCAGGUGCCUAAUAUGGAGUUUGGACGACGUUUGGCUGUUGACAGAGAUCUCGAGAAAUCUGAGAGUUUUCACUUUUCGAACUUAGUGUUUGAUGAGAGUGGUAAUUUUCUUCUCUACUCUACGAUGCUAGGCAUCAAAGUCAUCAACUUGCACACCAACAGCUGCAUGAGAAUGCUGGGGAAGCCAGAGAACGCGCGAUUCCUACAUCUCAGCCUGUUUCAAGGAGCUGGAAAGCCUAAGCAAAAGGCCAAUGCAGAGAUGGCUGCCUCAGACAACCCACUCUUGCAGUCUGUAUUUCAGGAUCCCAUACUAUUCUGUACAGCCUUUAAAAAAAAUCGCUUCUACAUGUUUACCCAUCGUGAGCCUGAAGAUACGCACAAAGGUGACAGUGAGAGGGACAUUUUCAAUGAGAAACCAUCAAAAGAGGAAGUCCUAGCUGCAACACAGGACUCAGCAUAUACAAGAGUGUCAGACACCUGCAUCAUCCACACAACAAUGGGAGACAUCCAUUGUAAACUGUUUGCCAAAGAGUGUCCAAAGACUGUGGAGAACUUUUGUGUCCACAGCCGCAAUGGUUAUUACAACAAUCACAUCUUUCACCGCGUCAUUAAAAGCUUUAUGAUCCAAACUGGUGACCCACAGGGUAAUGGCUCAGGAGGAGAAUCCAUCUGGGGUGGUGAGUUUGAAGACGAGUUUCAUCCCAACCUGCGGCAUGAUCGCCCUUACACUCUUUCAAUGGCCAAUGCUGGUCCAAAUACAAACGGAUCUCAGUUCUUCGUUACAGUUGUACCCACGCCUUGGCUGGACAACAAACACACAGUCUUUGGUCGUGUGGUGAAGGGCAUGGAGGUUGUACAAAGCAUCAGCGCGGUCAAGACGCAUCCCAAGACGGACAAACCUUAUGACGACAUCCGCAUCACCAACAUUACCAUCAAAUAGCUCCUCAUGUGGGGAAAGAACUUGUGCAGGACAACAUAGUUACAAUGCAAGGUGACUGCAAGAUGUGUGGAAUGGGGGGGGGGAAAGGAGAAUGGCGUGGAAAUGAGCCUGCAGAGACCUUGCUCCUUUUGUAUGGUUUGCACAAUCUAUUGUGUGAACUGCAAGACUACUGGUAUAUUGACUAAAUUUCUCAAACGUUUUGAACAGAAAGAAUGCCAAGAAUGUUGUAUAGAUCAUUAAAAGUGGUAACAUUUGUGCUCUGGAAUAAAAAGUCUAACUGAUCUAU